UAAGAAAAUUAUCUUUACAUUUGGAUUUUCCGUAUAGAUAUUUAAAUCGAUUCGGGAUAUAAUUUUGAUAUGGAAUUGAUACAACCGGCUAACACAUUCGUUGAAAACGUAACAACGAACAAUGUUUUAAAGAAGAAUGCUCCGCUUAAGCCACUUCCUGCUAAGGCAAAAGUUGAUAAAUCUGGAUGGUUGUGUUCUCAUGGACCUCAACAUAGUCCAAAAUAUGGAAUAAGACGAAAAUUAUGGAAAGGACCAUCUCCGAUGAAUCUCAGGGAUGCUUCCGUCAGUGAUUCGCCAUCAACAGGAACAACGUCUCGUUCGACUGUUAUUACCGUCAGAGGCACAAGUGUUACUCCUUGGAAAACCAAUAUUACAGACAUUUGUAAGGCAUAUGAAACACCAUCACCUAUGAAGCCAUCUAGAUUUGAGGAUGUUCAGUUGCCACCUGUUUCUUUAUCGGCUCCCUUACUAUCGGUUUCACGGAUGGCAAACAUCAACCCCAAGUAUCGGCAAAUGUCCUACACUAGUACUGGGCGCCCGAGAGAAUCCGAUGAUGUAGACUACAAUGUUAACCCAGACCCCGUACCUUACCAACCUCAGAAUUUUAUGCGUCCAUAUAGCUAUCAUGGUUUGGACUCUGAGUCUUCGACUUUACUGAAAAAAGUAACAGUACCAAAACGUCACUUAGAUUCAUUUGCUGGAUAUGAGUAUACCCUAGGUGCAAAACGUGGAGUUAUUUUACAUACAGAUAGAUAUCAAACAGAUGGCGCUCUGAAGUGGGCAGGAUCAAAAACAUUAGACUCCUUAAGUCAGCGUGAUAGACUGAGAGCAGAAUUAGAAUACAUGGAAAAAUUACGUGGCAUAAAAAGACGACGUGAGGUUCUACCUCAUAGAGCACAACUAGAUUUGUUAAUGGGAGGCAAGCGAGUGGACCUGACAGAACGAUUCGAUAUUCAAAAGGAAAUACAAAAGCUGAAAUCAUUAAUUAUGCCACAGAAUGCACGUGACUUGUUCCACGGGAGAGGUUUCACGUUACCCGAGCAGCAUGCAUCAUUAAAGCCAAGGCAACAACCCACUUUAGAUUAUGAAGAUGAUGACUUAUUUAGUUCAGCACCUGCAUCUCUUCAACGUCUUCCAAAACACACAAUUGAUACAGAUAUUGGUUUCUUAAAAUCUAGAACAAACAUCGGAAACAAACGGGCUAAUGAGAGCCAAUUGCCACGAAUUAAUAAUAGAUCUUCGACUAUAGGCCUUGGUUCAUCGUCUCCAGUUUUACUGUCUAAAGAAAAGCGUACAGUUGAUCAAAUUAAAGCUAGAAUAAGCAUACCAACAGUUGUAGAUUUAAAUAAAAUCGGUCAUUUGUCGAGCAAGAGAACACUAUCGUGCAUGACACCAGCUUACCUCCGACGGUCAAGGACAAAUAUUCAUCAGAAAGAUAAAUACUACACAGGGUUUCCAGAUAGUAAUGCACAAAAAGGACUGAAGGUAACUCCAAAGAGUGAAAAUGUAAAACGAGUAGACAUUCCCUCGGCAAGCCAAACGCCGCGAGUACCACACGAUGUUGCGGAGGAGACACCAGGACCUUUAGAACCAAUGAAGGAUCCAUACCCUUCGGAAAUAGAUCUCAAAGCUGAUGUUGCUGAUGACGAGAUUGAAGCAUUAGAAACAGCCAGAGACCGACCAGCAUCUUUACUUAAUAAACCUGAAACACCAUUUAAACCUGCUACCCCUAAUCCACUAAAGGGAUCAGAACUCUCACGAAAACUUCCAGAGGACGAACAAAAACAAUUAAAAGAAACAUUUAAAAAACUGGAUACAGAUUCAGACGGGCAUCUUAUGUAUAACCAAGUACAAACUCAGUUACCAAGAUUAUCAAGUCCGCAGGAAAGAUUUCUCAAACAGGUGUAUGAUAUAACAAGUUCUAGUACAUUCUUUGGUAUAGAAGAGUUUAUGACUAUGUCAGCUCUCACAAAGGUGGUUAAUGAUCAACAGGAUGCUGCAAAGGAGGCAUUCACUAGUCUUGAUUUUUCCGAGCUUCAUCAUAAUAUAGUUAGCUUUAUAGAUUUAUUCCAAACAGUAGAUAGACAUCAGAGCGGCAUAAUAUCAAUAGAUUCUCUACAGGAAGUACUGUGUGCAGCCAUAGAAACAGACCUUCGAUCUGACACAGAGUUAUGGAAUACUAUAAUAGAUGUUGUUGAUCCGGCUGAUGGUGUUCAGAUAUCUAAAGUAGAGUACCUUGCUCACUUACCAUACUUUUUAUCAUUACGGAAAACAGAAAAACUCCCAAGGCCAACUCGAAUGUGACCCUAGGAAAAUUCAAGAACUUACAAUUCACAACUCAGACAUGGAGUUUUGAAAUAUCAAACCUCUUUCAACUGUGAUAUAAACAGUUUCUACAACUGUCUUUCAUUUAAUAUAUAUCUGUGAUGUAUUGAUUUUUCAAUCAUUCCCAUGCAUUUAUUAUAUCAAUGUCAAAAUCAAACUAUUGUCGUAGCAUACGUUUUGUAUGAUCAGUAUUCUGUUCAUAAUAAGCGAUCCAUCUUUACCUAAGGAUCUUAAGGACUACAUUAACAGAGGUAUGUCCAGUAAACAGGAAUGAUAAGGAAUAUUGUGAUAGCCAGUUAAUUUAAAUUGACAUGGUCCAAAAUUGAUAAUAAUUUAGACAUGCAAAUAAAUUCAAUGAAAAUUUUGAAAGAAAAAUAGUGAUUAUCUUAUGUGAUUGAUUGUUACAAUUUUGUUUAUCUGAAUCUUUUUUAUAUUAAGGAUGUUCGCUUGUCAUGUUUUGAAAUUUUUGUCAGAUUUUCGGAAUCUUCUGGUUUUAUCCAUGUGAAUGCCUUAAAAAAUUUUGCCCAUUGACCCCCAUUUUUUCUUUUUAUAAAUCUUUUACAUGUAUAAUUUUAAACCAUCUGUAAAAGUCUUAUAAAAUCUUUGUUAUUUUUUAACAGUUUUUGAGAACUUGAACUUUUCAAUGAUAAGGCUAUGAAAAAUCAAGAGAGAACAUUUUCCCGCCAAAAUUUCAAUGGCUAAUAUUUCGAAAACAAGCACAUUGACCUAUAUUUUUUUGUUGCUCUUUUGGUUCCUUUAAUAAUCCCCUAUCAAUUUAUACUAGUGUUAUGAAAAGCUUUUUAUUUUGAAACUGAGUAGCAAACCUCCUUUAAUCAAAAUGAUUACUUUUAGUAGGACAGAAAUGUACCGACUGCAAAUUGUAUGUGUACAUUUGAAUAAAAUGAAGUAUGUGUGUGUGUGUGUGCUAAAGAUCAAUGACAUAACACCUCACAAUUAAUACAUAAGAAAGGUAGACGUGAAAUGUGUUGUGUUCUGAAAUGCACAAGUGUCCAAACUUAAAGCUACCCUACCUUACUGUUUUACUGUUGUUUUCCGACUAAACACCAUUCUUGAUACCACUAUUUCAAAACCGUAUGUUUCCGUUAAGGUUGUUGACUCGAAAUUUUACUCUCAAUUACUAUUAACAGAAAAAAAAAAGUUUUAAAUCCUUAAUUAACGCUUGUGAGUUGUUCUUGCAUUUUAAAGAAAUAUCGAUAUAUUAGUGAAUUCGUUAAGAUUAACUUAUCGUAUCUAUUUUGAAGCGAAAUACAUAAAUUAGAUGACUAAUAACACGACUUAGUAUAUUUUUAUGUUUUCUUGAGUAAAUCCCUUCAAUUAGUUAGCAGUUUGAGUAAUGCCAGAUAAAACGUAUAGAGUAAUGUGGCAUGUGAGAUGCUCUAAAUAUGAAUAUGUUACACUUUUAAUAAUUGUAUCAAAUUGAUUAAGGUAUGAGAACAUGUGUUUCAUAAUCAUAUCAAGUUAUAGUAUGUUAACAUGUACUUGCAUAAUCAUGUCUUUCAUCAGUUUUGGAUUAUGGGUACUUAAUCAUGACACAAUUGAAGUCGAUAUAGAAAUACGAAAAUAUACCUAUCCUUUGUUGUUUUUCUCUUCGUUUUUGUACAUCUAUACAGGAAUGAGAAUGAUUCAUCUAUGUUUUAUAGAAUGCUGUCAUCAAUUUUAUGAUGACUUUUGUUAUAAUUAGACGUACUCGAAAAAUUCGUACAAUAAAGUUUUGAAACUAA